AUGGACGCUUUUAAAGAAAGAUUAAUGUAUUUUAAUGCUCAAGCUGACAAAGAGCUCUCAAAGUAUCCACAAUUGGUCGGCUUGGAACGACAAACUAAUGUUCCAAAAACUUAUAUGGCUGCUGGCGUCGUAGCAUUUGUAUUUACAUUGAUAUUUUUCAAUGUUUGGGGAGAAUUACUUUCCGAUAUUAUCGGCUGGCUUUAUCCAGCUUAUGCUUCAUUUAAGGCUAUCGAAAGUCCAGAACCCUCAGACGACGUUCAAUGGCUUACAUAUUGGCUUUUCCUUCCUCCUUUCAAAGGUGCUCAACUUAUUUAUUCCAAAUUUUUAAGACCAACUCUCAUGUCGUACCAAGGCGAAAUUGAUAAGAACAUAAAUAAAUGGAAAAAUAAACUCGAAGAUGUAGCAAAAGAUGCUGCUCAAAACGCAAUUGAAGCUACUAAAACGGAGAAAUCGGAAUAA